AUGGAGUGUGGAAAUUGCUUUAGUUUCAAUGCAAACCUUACACGACAUCAACGGACUCACACAGGGGAAAAACCAUUUAAAUGCAUUGAGUGUGGAAAGAGAUUUAGUGAUAAUGGAAAACUUAGAAGACAUCAACAGACUCACACAGGGGAGAAACCAUGUAAAUGUAUGGAGUGUGGAAAGACCUUCCGUGAUAAUGGAACCCUUAGAGGACAUCAAGCGACUCACACAGGGGAGAAACCAUAUGAAUGUAUGGAGUGCGGAAAGAGCUUCAGUUUCAAUGGAAGCCUUAGAAGACAUCAACGGACUCACACAGGGGAGAAACCACUUAAAUGCAUUGAGUGUGGAAUGAGAUUUAGUGAUAAUGGAAAACUUAGAAGACAUCAACAGACUCACACAGGGGAGAAACCAUUUAAAUGCAUGGAGUGUGGAAAGAGAUUUAGUGAUAAUGGAAACCUUAGAAGACAUCAACAGACUCACACAGGGGAGAAACCAUUUAAAUGUAUGGAGUGUGGAAAGACCUUUCGUGAUAAUGGAACCCUUAGAGGACAUCAACAGACUCACACAGGGGAGAAACCAUAUGAAUGUAUGGAGUGCGGAAAGAGCUUCAGUUUCAAUGCAAACCUUACACGACAUCAACGGACUCACACAGGGGAAAAAUCAUUUAAAUGCAUUGAGUGUGGAAAGAGAUUUAGUGAUAAUGGAGCCCUUAGAAGACAUCAACGGACUCACACAGGGGAGAAACCUUAUAAAUGUAUGCAUUGUGGAAAGGGCUUCAGUCAGAAUGGAGACCUUAGAAAACAUCAACGGACUCACACAGGGGAGAAACCAUAUGAAUGUAUGGAGUGCGGAAAGAGCUUCAGUUUCAAUGGAAGCCUUAGAAUACAUCAACGGACUCACACAGAGGAGAAACCAUAUGAAUGUAUGGAGUGUGGAAAGAGCUUUAUUGAUAAUGGAAACCUUAGAAGACAUCAACAGACUCACACAGGGGAAAAACCAUUUAAAUGCAUGGAGUGCGGAAAGAAAUUCAGUCAGAGUGGACAGCUUAAUAGACAUCAACUGACUCACACAGGGGAGAAACCAUAUGAAUGAAUGGAGUGCGGAGGAGCUUCGGUUUCAGUGAAACCCUUAGAAGACAUCAAAGGACUCGCAAAGGGGAAAAACCCUUUAAAUGCAUUGAGAGCGAUAAAGCUUCAGGCAGAGUGGAACCCUUGAUUUACAUUAACAAACUCACACAAGAGACAAACCAUAUAAGUGCCAGGAAGUUAGAUAAAGGUAGAGGUCCAGUUCUAGUGGAAGUUCUAAAUCAACAGACUCAUGUACAGGAUGAACUUUAAGAGCUGAACCCCUACAA